CCUUUCUGUUCCUUUCAGCAAAGUGAAUUGAAUUCCUUCUUGUGGACCAUAAAGCGAGAUCCGCCGUCUUACUUCUUUGGCACGAUCCACGUUCCAUACACUCGGGUUUGGGACUUCAUCCCGGACAACUCCAAGGAGGCUUUUCAGCAGAGCAGCAUUGUGUACUUCGAGCUGGACCUCACCAACCCCUACACUAUCACAGCCCUCGCCCGCUGUCAGAUGCUGCCACAGGGAGAGAACCUGCAAGACGUGCUCCCCAGGGACAUCUACUGUCGCCUUAAGCGCCACCUAGAGUAUGUCAAGCUCAUGAUGCCCUCGUGGAUGACCCCAGACCAGCGUGGCAAAGGUCUCUAUGCCGACUACCUCUUCAAUGCCAUUGCAGGGAACUGGGAGCGCAAGAGGCCCAUCUGGAUCAUGCUCAUGGUCAACUCCCUGACGGAAGUGGUCAUUAAGUCCCGUGGGGUGCCUGUCUUAGACCUGUACCUUGCACAGGAGGCCGAGCGGCUGAGGAAGCAGACUGGGGCCAUGGAAAAGGUGGAAGAGCAGUGCCAUCCACUGAAUGGGCUGAACUUUUCACAGGUAAGACCCUCUUUGCCUGAAGGACUUGGCCUUGGAUUGUGUGUGAAUCCACUGAAUUAUAAUCUAGGAGAUGGACCAUAAGCAUAGUUUAAUCCA